AUGGCGCCUAUGCCAGAGUCAAACCCGAGUAUUGCUCUGAUUGAGCAGCUUUCGAAUCUUGCGCCUCUGCUGGCGUCAGGCGACAACACGAAAGCAAAGAAUCAGGCUAUCCAGCUUAGUCGCCAGCUAACUGGCAGCUUGUCUCACCCGGCCAGCGCUGCCGUAGAGCUAGCUUUUGCACCUUUCAUUACUGUGGCGGCACGAAUCGCAAUUGGCAUGGGCUUGUUUAAAUUGAUUGCCGACAAUCAAGGGCCAAUCUCCUCAAAAGACCUGGCUGAGAAGUCAAGUGGCGAAGAACUGUUGAUUAUCCGCACACUGCGCCCGCUGGCCUCUGUUGGAGUUGUCAAGGAGGCAGGCGAGCGACUGUGGGAGCCCACGCCAGUGACACACGCCAUGGCGACCGAGGAAAUCUCCGCAGGACAUCGAAUGAUUGGUGAAAUGAUUGUGGGCGCCGCGCAAAAAGCACCCAAGUACCUGAAAGAAUAUGGCUACCGGUGCCCUGCAGACCCCCGCGAUGGGCUGAUGCAGUUUGCCUUUCAAACCAAACUGACCACAUUUGAGCUCUUUAGCUCCAUGCCUCCAGUUCUGAGAGACUUUAAUCUCUUCAUGGGAAAUACCAUGGGUGCGCGAGACUAUUGGGUUGACUGGUAUCCCGUCGAGCAGCAGCUAUUGGACGGCGCCCACGACCGGACUCCCUUUCUCGUUGACGUCGGUGCCGGCAAGGGCCACGACCUUGUCGCCUUUCACGAAAAAUAUCCCAACAAAGGGAGACUCGUGCUGCAAGAUCUGGCUACUGUGACGGACAGCGUCAAGGAGACUCUCGACCCCGCAAUUGAUGUGAUGACUUAUAAUUUCUUCACAGAGCAGCCCGUCCAUGGUGCACGCGCAUACUUUUACCACCACAUCUUACACGACUGGUCCGACGAAAAAUGUCUGGAAAUACUGGCCCCUCUGAAAAAGGCCAUGACGCCGGGCUACUCCAAGGUUCUGCUUCACGAGAUGAUCGUGCCUGAGCUGGGCGCGUCCACGUUCCACGCCAUGCUGGACAUGACUAUGAUGGCGUUUAACGCGGGAAUGGAGCGGACUGAAAGACAGUGGCGCGAGCUGCUGGACAAGGCGGGCUUCGAAGUGGUGAAGGUCUGGGCGCCGAUGCAGGAAGACGCGGAUGGUAUCGUAGAGGCUAUGGUGAAGGUGGAUGCACCAUUUUCUUGA